AUGGCGACAUUAGCUGAUCAGCGUACAGGCAGUGCCCCUGUCAGCUGGGCAUACUUCUGCACCAAGAGCAUAACCGGAUUUAUGUACUUCGGCUUGCUGGAGGCGGUGGGUGCUAGCACGCCGUUGGCGCGGUGGUGUGCCUUUCAGCUGCUCACGCCGCUGGUGAAGUGCUAUCACCUGCGCACUGCGGGUCUUUACACGCACAAUAUGUUUGUCUUCUCCAUGGUUCACGACUUGAUUCUGUCCACACUCUUCUUCGGAUUUGUGGCUGGCCUGCGCGGCCUGCGGUUCAUGCUGGCGAUGCCCGUUGUGUUCCCGCUGCUGAGCCUGCUUGAGUGGAUCGGCUUCAAGCUGCUUCUGCCCGAGGCGAAGUAUGUCGUCAAGCCUAUCGAUUGGGUUGGCCAGGUUGCGACCUUCGCAGUGGGAGGGGCGAUGUCUCUGACACUCGGCCUCACCGCUGACCAAGGGACUCGACCGCUUCAUCACGACUUUGUGGCCUUUAUUUGCGUGCUGCUAUGGACGGACCUGCAGUUUGGGGUGACGCAUUGCAUGUGCCAUCGAGUUUUGUGGCUGUGGAAGCGUCACAAGAUUCACCAUGAAUAUGGGAAGGGCGAGCUGAACUCAAUGGCCAAUGUGCAUGGAGAUGCGCUGGACGAAGUGCUGAUGAAUGGCGUGCUGGUGCUCCCGAUCCUCGCGUGCGGGUGGUUUAGGCUCUACCCUUCGACCCUUCCGUUCCUGGAGUGGUUCUAUCUCAUUCCUUUCUCGCAUCUCCGCUUUCAGCCUUCCGUUGUAAACUUGAUGGCCUUCUUUGAGUUUGAUCUCCUGGACAUGCUCCUCUGCCAGCCGCGCAUGGGCGCUUUCCACACCAUACACCAUGAAGUGGUCGCAAUCAAUUUCUCCGUUUUCGGGAUUGUUCCUGACUCGGUGUGUAGAGCCAUUGCCGGGAAGUUUUCGACUCUGGGGAGCACAACUUUGCAGAGCUGA